UUAAUUUUGUUGAUAGGAAAUAUCAGUUGAAAUACUCGCACAAUUAGCACAGAGUGAUAUUUUUUAUUUAGUCGUUUAGUAGAAUUGAAAAUAAAUUCCAUUUUCAGCAUAAUCAAAAUUUGAGUUUUUAGUUUCGAAAAAGUAGACGGUGAAUUGUGAACUCGUUGGUAAAAAUCGGUGUGAAUUUGAAAAAUUAAACCUUCUGCAAAAUGUUAAUAAACAAAUUUUGUCUACGUGCAAAAUUAUUGUUAUUAUUAUUGUUUAAAUCCCCUAAAUACCUUAAAGAAAAAAAAUUGAUUUUUAUCAAUUCCUAGAAAGCUUUUUUAAUUUCAAGAAAUGAGUACGAAUGAAAUGAAAACAAUCAAUUAUGAUUGGUUUCAUUAACCUGGAACAGCCCAAAAACACCAAUUAAAGUGGAUGUGUCCAAAAAGAAUAAAAAGAAAACAAUGGAGUCUAUGAGUCAGAAAAACAUCAAAAGAUGGAACCACAAGCGCAGCAACAGCAACAGCAACAACAACAACAAGAUCAAUUGCAGCAACAACAGCAAAGAUAUCAGCAACAACAACAACAAGUGCAACAAUCGCCAGAAAAAUAUCAUACACAUUUAUUGGAUAAAAUCAAAACGGAAAGUAAUGGUUCAGAACAUUUAAAUCAUACAAAUGCGAAUACGGUUAUAGAAAAACAAACUGUAGUUGAACAACAACAACAGCAGCCGCAUCAACAACAACCACAACAAUUGACUACCCAGCAUCAUCAACAACAACAGCAAUUACCACCCUCAACUCAACAACAGGCACAACAGCAACAAAAUCCCACCACUAUUAUACAAUCGCAACAGAGUCAACCCAUUAAUGCUGUAAUACAAACACAAAAUAAUCAAUCACAACAACAGCAGCAGCAACAACAACAACCUCAACAACCACAACAUCAACAACCCCAACAUCAACAACCCCAACAUCAACAACAUCCCAGUCAAGAAGAUUAUGUACCUAUACAAAGGACUCAACAACGCAGAUUUAUAACAACAACUGGAGAAUUAGUCCAUCGUGAUUCCGACGACCCCGAAACGGUUAGCGAAUACCAACGGCAGCGACAUUCGCCCGCCGAAUAUGUACAAAUGGCACCACGCAAUGAAGAACAACAGCCACCGCAAGGUACCACAGUCUAUACCUAUACAACCAAUGAAAAUGGUCAACCCAUUAUAUGUACAACCGAUCCUGCGGGAGGAACGAUUAAACUCGAGUCAAUAGACAAAGAUCAAGUGCAAAAUGAAGCCGCCCAACAGUUGCAACAACAGCAGCAACACCAACAACAAUGUCCUACACCUAACGGCAACUAUACGGAAACCAUGGUGGUACCUACGUCAGCAUUACAUCAUCAAAAUCCUCAUAAUUUAUCCGGUACAGCUCAUACGACCAUACCACAUCCCACGCAUUUGUUGCGAUUCGAAGAAGAUCGUUUUGGACAAACUCUCAACGAUAAUGGUAAUGGUCCUACUACAUUAUACUAUGAAGCGGCUGUGGUAGACACCAAUGCACAUCCUAAUGAAUCGAAAACGUUUACAGAUUUGGGUAAUGCUCAUUAUUUGAAUUACUCCUCAACCUCCUCCUAUCAGUUGAGUCAAAAUAAUACCAUCUAUAGUGUAUCGCCGGCACCAAAUCAAUUGAUAAGUAAAAAUGAUCCCAGUUUAAAUAUACUUCGGCAACAAGUGCCAUAUCAGUCAAUGACUUUGUUUGAUCCAGUUAAUAGUUCAGUAGCCGAGCAGAGUAUUUGGCCUACGGCCGGAGUGGAAUAUUCAAAUAUGGGCUUUAAUUAUCAUCAGCAGGUGGUUGAAGAAUAUCCAACGGGCAAUAUAACCUCUAGCUCUUGGGCUCCCACUAGUUCCAUAACACAUUAUGAAGCUCCACCUCCUUUGGCGGAUAAAUGUGAACAAUGUAAUUCUCCUUUAGGUAGUAAAGCAAACGGUUACUGCCCUUCUUGUUAUGGAGGCCCUAUACGUCAGACUGUACGUGUGGGUCCCCGACAAACUAAACCCAAAGCUUCAGCUGCCGCCGCCAAUAAUAGACGGACCGGUGUUACUUGUGCUAAUUGUCAAACUAAUUCAACUACUUUAUGGCGUCGUAAUAAUGAUGGAAAUCCUGUUUGUAAUGCCUGCGGUCUGUACUUCAAACUACACAACAUGAAUCGUCCGCUUUCCAUGAAAAAGGACGGCAUACAAAAACGUAAACGUAAACCAAAGAAUAGCGGCCCACAACAGAUGAGACCACCAUUACCUAGUUUUCUAGGCUUACCACCAGGUGGCGGUAGUCUAAUGGUGCACUCGAAUGGUCCUCUGUAUCCUUCACAAGUGCAAACAAUAGGCCUUCCCCUAAAUGCUCAAGCACCAAAUCCAGGUGAUUUGCAAGACAUGACUACCACAGGUCCUCGUACGGUAUCCAUUGGUCAUCAAGAUAUGACUUUGAAUAUGUCACGACCCCAUGUUACUUCAGAUAGUCAUUCACCGUAUAGCAAUCCACCUUCGCAGAGUCAGUCACCGCAUCUGCCAAGUACAGCGAGUUUUAAAGUACCUCCAAUUGAAGUGCCCCGAACAACGCAAAGCAGUGAAAUACCCACGAGCGUUAUAACACGCACUGGAUUACCAGAACGUACAUCGAAUAACUGAAACCUAAAACACUAUUUAUAUCAAGAUAUUUCUUUUUUUUUUGAAGUCAAUGGUUAAGAAUUUAUCAAAAUGAAAGUUAAAUUACUUGUGUAUUUUAUUCAAAUUUGUGCCAAAUAUUUUCUAUUAGAAAGUUAGGGAAAAUUUUACUAAACAAUAUGAAGGGAACCAACUUGUUUGUUAAACUGAACUUAAAAAUUGUUAAGCUUAAUUAAGAAAAGUUUGCAAUAAAUAUUACCUGAUAGAUUGGAAAAUCGACACAAAUGAUAGCAGACCGUUCAGUUGUAGAAGUAUAAAAUCGACAAUUAAUGUUAUUCAAUGAAGUUUAAUUUAAAGUAGAAUGACAAUUGUAUAAAAUAAGUUCAGAAAUUGGCAUAAUUUUAUUUAUUAACUUUAAAUUUCUUCAACAAAUCAUUUAAAUAAAGACA